ACAGUUAUGGUAUCCUAUUCAAGCUGGAAUGGUGAGAAGAUGCAUGCCAAUCGUGCUCUUGUCACUGACUUCCUCAAGAACAAACUAAAGUUCAGGGGUUUUGUCAUUUCAGAUUGGGAAGGUAUUGACAGGAUCACAUCUCCUCCACAUGCAAACUAUUCAUAUUCGGUUGAAGCUGGUGUUGGUGCUGGAAUUGAUAUGGUCAUGGUUCCUAAUUCCUAUACAGAGUUCAUUGAUGAUCUAACCUCUUUGGUCAAGAACAAGAUUAUCUCCAUGGGCAGGAUUGAUGAUGCUGUGAGAAGGAUCUUAAGGGUUAAAUUUGUCAUGGGCCUUUUUGAGAAUCCUCUGGCUGAUCUCAGCCUAGCCAAUCAACUUGGAAGUCAGGAACAUAGAGAAUUGGCAAGGGAAGCAGUGAGAAAAUCACUUGUGCUGCUGCAGAAUGGUAAAUCUGGUGAUAAGCCAUUGCUGCCCCUUCCCAAGAAAACAACCAAGAUACUAGUUGCUGGAAGUCAUGCUGACAACUUGGGCUAUCAAUGUGGAGGAUGGACUAUUACCUGGCAAGGUCAAGGUGGAAAUGAUCUUACCAUAGGUACCACCGUCCUUGAGGCCAUCAAGAACACAGUUAAUCCAGCCACCCAAGUUGUGUACAACGAGAAUCCAGAUGCAAACUUUGUCAAGUCCAACAAAUUCUCCUACGCCAUUGUUGUUGUGGGGGAGCCAUCAUAUGCUGAAACAGCUGGUGACAGCAUGAAUCUGACAAUAUCCGAACCCGGUCCCAACACCAUCAAGAAUGUCUGUGAGGCUGUCGACUGUGUUGUGGUUGUCAUUUCUGGCCGGCCUGUAGUGAUCCAGCCAUAUCUCUCAACCAUUGAUGCACUAGUGGCUGCUUGGCUUCCAGGAACUGAAGGCCAAGGUAUUGCUGAUGUUCUGUUUGGCGACUAUGGUUUCACUGGAAAGCUGGCAAGGACAUGGAUGAAGACUGUUGAUCAGCUCCCAAUGAACGUUGGUGAUCCCCAUUACGAUCCUCUUUUCCCAUUUGGAUUUGGUUUAACAACCAAACCCAUCAAGCAGAACUGAAACCCCUUCAGAGAUUGAUUGGCGUAUUUUACCUCAUUUCUUCAUGGUAGAAAACUUGUUAGCAUCAUUUUCCAUUUCCAUUUCCAUUGAAGAACUCGACGAAGAUCGUAAUUAUUGAAUCUUAUUCUCCAUAUUUUUUUCUUCAAUCCAACGGUCUCAAAUUCCAUAUUUGUUUGCCUCACUUGCAUAGAUAGAGUAUUAAUAAAUAUUAAUUUUAUAU